ACUUCAUGCAGAUUUCUGUUGGAUUUAUUAUUCCCAAGAUUACAGUUUACCAAGCUGUAGUAUGACUUAGCCUCUUGUUAAAACUUAAGAAGCAUAAUAAUUAUAUACUUGUAAGUCAUCUCAGAGUAAUUCUGGAGUAAUAUUUGAGAUGCGUAAUGUUAUUUUCUUAUCUAGAAAGUGGUAUUUCUUAAUAACAAUUGUAUAUCACUUUCUUUCAUAAACUGCUCACUCUCAUUUGUUCUCUCCCUAUCCACUCCCCUUCACCAAUUUCAUUUUCAGAGCAGGUCUUUGAAGUAGAUAGUUACGUUUUAUUUUCAGAGAGAUAGACACACAGUGAAUUAACUCUCAGAACUGAGCCUUGAACCUGUACAUUCUGAAUUCGUAUGUUGUGUUAUUUGUAUUCCUUUGCUCUGCUAUAUUUAAAGCUUCACUUUUUUUUGUUGUUAUGUUUUUAAACAAAGGCACAAAUAGAACUCUGAUUCAUAAUUUGUCAGUGGAUCUUCCUUUAGUGACCUUUAGUUAUAACGUGCCCAUAAGAUUAUGUCAUUUGAAGAAAAAAAAAAAGAUUAUGUCAUUUGUUUUUGCAGCCAGUUAAGCCGACUGUGCUCUUUUCCCCAUGGGGGCCCAGUGUGCAAUGGCUGCAAACAGCAGCCUCCCUGGUAGUGUAUGCAACCUGUUGCCUGUACAGGUAGCCCUAAGGGACCUUGGAGACAACUCUUCCUAGUGGGCAUUCAUGGCUGGCCUGCUCUUUCUCAAUCUAGACUCCAGAUGGGUAUGCGCAGUGCCUUUGGAAAGCCCCAGGGCACAGUGGCCAGGGUCCACAUUGGCCAGGUCAUAAUGUCCAUCUGCACCAAGCUGCAGAACAAGGAUCAUGUGAUUGAAGCCCUCCGCCGGGCCAAGUUCAAGUUCCCUGGCCGUCAGAAGAUCCACAUCUCCAAGAAGUGGGGAUUUACCAAGUUCAGUGCGGAUGAAUUUGAGAACAUGGUGGCAGAAAAGCGACUCAUCCCAGACGGCUGUGGGGUCAAAUACAUCCCUAAUCGUGGUCCCCUGGACAAAUGGCGGGCCCUGCACUCAUAAGCAUCAGCUCUGUUCCCUCCUUAAUCACGCUCACCAAUAAAUGCUAUUUCCUGUCAAAAAAAAAAA